ACAUAAAGGCAACCCUGCUGCCAGUUCUUUACUGUUAUUUUACUGGGAAAUUCUUAACAGUGUAGUAAACAUGUCCUUCUUUGGAAGAAAAAAAAACAUGAAUGUGACCUUUAACUUAAUAUUUCCUUCUAUAACGAUAGGUUAAAAGUAGUAACCAACCAUUUUUCCUAUAUGCAUAUAUAUUCCUAUAUGUCUCAGUUGUAUGACUUGGCUGCUUGCAUCACUGUGCGGUGGUGACGUGUGGCGUCUGGGAGCUGUCCCAGGAAUCAUGGUGCUGAAGCUGCAGCACCGAUUCAGCAGCCAAUGAUCACGGGAGGAUCCGGGGCUACGGAUGCUUUCACCCAGAGCAGGACAGUCCGAUAGUCGUGUUGGAUUUUAACGGAGGGGAUUUCAACAUAAUAAGCUUGGAAAUGCGAUAAUUGGGGAUGUAAGCUUCACGCAGACUUGUCAGCGACCUGCAGUCUGGCAGGAGAGAAAAAAAAACUGUGAGUCGUAUAGCAAUAGCUCGCCAGCUUGUUUCAAUUUAUUGAACUUAAUGGCUUCAGACACUUGUUUGCAUCGAUGGGAUUUAUUUGCCUUUUGGAUUUACAUUCUCGUGGGAAGACAGUAAAAAAAGACUUUCGAUUAGAAUAUAUCACUAAAAGGCUGUUUUAAAACCCCACAACUGGAAAACGCACCCCCUGCACUAUCCCAUGCUGCAUGCUGUUGUCUUCCAGCACCUUUGCAUGGUGCUGUGAGUAUCCGGAUCCAGCCUCUAGAUGCUGCGCAGCCAGGGCAUGCUGAAGAGCCGCUGCUGCGUCCUGCUGGGUGACCUGAGGGUGCUCCUUCUCGGGCCACCUGCACCUCAGACACCGCUGCCUCCUCUGACCCCCAUGAGCGUCCAAAGCCAUGAAACAGGCGUCGCCGUUCCGGACAACAACAACACGUUGACGCGGAGCCACCAGCAGCAGCAGCAGCAGCAGCACGCAGGAGACCGGGUUGCACCACCACCUGCAGCAGCAGCAGCAGAGGAGGCUACCGGGCCACCGGACGGAGAGCGACCUGGCUGGGUGGAUGCUGCAGAGCUGUCCUCGGCCCUGCGAGGCUGCAGCAGCUCCUCCGAUGACUGCUCAAAGAGCAAGCUGGAGGAGAGGUACUCUCUCACCAGCUACUCGGAAAGUGGCUUCAGGACUCCCUUGUGCAGGAUCUGCUUCCAAGGACCAGAAUACGGUGAGCUCCUGAGCCCGUGUCGGUGCAAUGGGUCAGUACGCUGCACCCACCAUCCCUGCCUCAUCAAAUGGAUCAGCGAGAGAGGUUCCUGGGCCUGUGAGCUCUGCUACUACAAAUAUCAGGUCAUUGCCAUCAGCACCAAGAACCCACUGCAGUGGCAGGCCAUCUCCUUGACAGUGAUAGAGAAAGUGCAGAUAGCAGCCGCCAUCUUGGGCUCCCUGUUCCUGAUGGCCAGUAUCUCCUGGCUGGUGUGGUCGUCUUUCAGCCCGUCAGCCCGCUGGCAGCGACAAGAUCUGCUUUUCCAGAUCUGCUACGGCAUGUACGGCUUCAUGGAUAUUGUCUGCAUCGCACUAAUCGUCCACGAGGGACCUUCUGUGUUUCGUAUCUUCCACCGCUGGCAGGCCGUGAACCAGCAGUGGAAGGUACUGAAUUAUAGUAAGUCUAUGGACUGCGAUGACCUGAAGAACAACACCGUGGAAAGGACUCUGUCUCAGCCCAGCCCAGGUUAUCAGACUGGGGUAGGAGUGUCCACCUCCACUUCGUCGCUGAUGGUGGUAGCCUCCACAGCCGAUGGCUCCACUUCUACGACCUCGGUGACGGCCGCAGGAGGACUGGGAACACAAGUGGACCCCAACAGCGGCAGCGCAGUGCCGGACCAACACUGUCCCUACAACAUCCUCCACCUCCUCAGCCACCUCAGGCAGCCGGAGGCCCGCAGCCAACCCAGCAAUAGCACACGAGAGCUGGUCAUGAGAGUCACCACAGUCUGAGACAGUUGAGGCCUUAUCUCACAUGGAGGUAAAACAUUUAUGAACCAGCUGACAGUUGAAAAAAAAAGUCAUAUCUUAACUGCACUGGAUUAAUACCAUGUUCUUGUUUGUUUCAAAUGCUUCUCUGAUGUCCUUACAUGGAUUGAAUAAAAGUCAAAGUUGUUUGAUUUGCAGAA